AUGGCGAGAGUCAGUCGCCUUGGCUUUUUAGCCAUUGCGAUGGCAUUCCAUGUUGUCUAUAUAUAUUCAAUUUUUGACAUAUACUUUGUCAGUCCUAUCGUUUCCGGCAUGCGCGCGUUUGAGACGGAGAGACCUGCGGGUGUGGAAGCUCCUGCAAAGCGACUGGUUCUAUUUGUUGGGGAUGGCCUUCGAGCGGAUAAAGCUUUCCAGUCUUUUCCAGAACCAUACCCAAAGUCUGACUCAGAUCUCGAGCCACGACCUCUCGCCCCCUUCCUGCGCUCGCGCGUCCUCGAGCAUGGCACCUUUGGUGUAUCACACACACGAGUGCCUACAGAAUCUCGGCCUGGGCAUGUAGCUCUGAUUGCGGGGCUUUAUGAGGAUGUGUCUGCGGUGACAACGGGGUGGAAACUCAACCCAGUCAACUUCGAUAGUGUCUUUAACAGGAGUCAACAUACAUGGAGUUGGGGAAGCCCGGAUAUUCUGCCAAUGUUCCAAUUAGGCGCAGUCCCAGGCAGAGUGGAUGCCGAUGCAUACGGCUCGGAAUUUGAGGAUUUCUCUCAAGAUGCGGUACAUCUAGAUCUCUGGGUAUUUGAUAGAGUCAAGGCUCUCUUUAAAGAAGCGGCGACGAAUUCGACUCUGGAUGCCGCAUUACGACAGGAUAAAGUGGUGUUUUUCCUCCAUCUCCUGGGUAUCGAUACCAAUGGCCAUGCUUUCCGGCCAUAUUCGAAGGAAUAUUUGAAUAAUAUCAAGGUUGUGGACCAGGGCAUCGAGGAAGUUACAAAAAUCAUCGAAGACUUUUACAAUGAUGACAAGACCGCAUAUGUAUUUACUGCCGACCAUGGUAUGAGUGAUUGGGGUAGCCACGGUGAUGGUCAUCCUGACAACACUCGUACACCCCUCAUAGCCUGGGGUUCUGGGGUAGCAAAGCCUGCAACGACUCCUGGAAAAAUUGCGCCCGGCCAUGAUGAACUCUCCUCCGAUUGGGGUCUAGAUCAUAUUCAGAGGCAUGACGUCUCCCAGGCCGAUGUGGCGGCUCUUAUGGCAUAUCUCGCGGGACUCGCAUUUCCCGUAAACUCGGUUGGGGAGUUGCCGCUCCCAUAUUUGUCCGGAGAUCUUGCUGCCAAAUCUGAAGCUUUCUUGGCCAAUGCUAGGGGCAUCUUAGAUAUGUAUAGGGUUAAAGAGGAACAGAAAAUGGCGACCGAGAUGCGUUAUCGUCCCUAUAAAGCUCUAGGCGGAGAAGAACAUUCAGCUGAGCAUCGAUUCUCGCACAUCAGAACCCUCAUUGACCAAGGGCGGCAUGAAGAAGCAAUCCAGGAAACGGCAACACUCGUACAACUUGGUCUAGCCGGUUUACGAUACCUCCAGACAUACGACUGGUUGUUCUUGAGAGGUCUCAUAACGAUCGGAUACUUGGGCUGGAUAGCAUUUGCCCUUACCACAGUCAUCGACCUACAUGUGCUUCAUGGCACAACCGAAACCUCCAGAACCGUUGUUGGUGUAAUAUUCUUCUCCUCUGUUCUUGUGACACUAUUCGCUUCGUUCAUUGUAUCAAAAUCACCAUUGACUUAUUAUGCCUACGCCAUAUUUCCAGUGGGCUUCUGGGAGGAGGUUUACGCUCGACGAAAAUCGUUGGUUGAAGGACGAAAGGUUUUACUGAGCCAUGUUUCCGGGGUUAGCGGUACCAUCACACUCAUAUUAAAGGGUCUUUUUGGGUUGGUCUUUAUAGAAUCUUUGGCACUGGGGUACACACAUAGGGAGAUAUUCUCUCUUCUAUUCAUUGUUGCUGCAUUUUGGCCGGCAUUUUACGGAAUGGCGUUUCUCCGACUGAAUAAAGUCCUGGUGACAACAUGGGGAUUAAUAUGUGUGGCGAUGAGCACUUUCACGUUGCUCCCGGCGUUGAAGGUCGAGAGUUUAUCUCUUGUCAUGACCGGCGGCUUUUUCAUGGCGGCAGUCGGUGUUCUAUAUCUUAUUUUCGAGAAGCAGCUGCACGUUAAGUCGGCUUUGACAAGCGACUCGACUACACCAGCCGACAAUAUCAUAUCACGAUCCCUCAUUGGCGUACAGAUCGGCCUCGUACUAUUAUCGACGCUUGUGACAAGGUCCAGUAUAUUAUCAAUACAGGCAAAGGAAGGGCUUCCUCGGGGGAACCAGAUCGUUGUAUUUUCGCUAAUCAUGCCGUUCCUUCACCGCUUACAGCCCAAUGGCCACUAUCUCCAUCGAUUGAUGGUGAUAUUCCUCACUUUCGCACCCAUCUUCGUCAUCCUCACCAUAUCAUACGAAGGUCUCUUUUAUCUCGGCUUCUCACUUACCUUGAUUACCUGGGUUCGCCUCGAGCAUAGUAUAUACGUAUUUACAAAGCCGAAAUCGCCAUUGGCUCAGGCGAAUGGCAAAGGGGCAAUGCCCGCAUCGCUUUCUUCACCUACUUUCCGGUCACUCACCCUAUCAGAUGUCCGAAUAUCCCUAUUCUUUUUCACACUCCUCCAAUUGGCCUUCUUCAGUACUGGAAAUGUGGCCUCGAUAUCAUCCUUCAGCAUGGAUAGCGUGGCCCGGCUGAUUCCAAUCUUCGAUCCUUUCUCUCAGGCGGCCCUACUUAUCCUGAAGCUCAUGAUCCCAUUUGCUCUGAUCUCGGCGAAUCUAGGCAUCCUGAACAAGAGGUUAGGGGUAGCACCCUCCGCGCUGUUCAUGGUGGUUAUGGCGAUCAGCGACUUCCUGACGCUGCACUUCUUCUGGGUGGUGAGAGACGAGGGCUCCUGGCUGGAAAUCGGAUCGACGAUUAGCCACUUCUGCAUUGCAAGUUUGUUCUGUGUGUUCGUGGCCAGUCUCGAGGGUGUUAGUGAGCUGUUUAUAUCAGGGGUGGAGGUCGAGGACGAUUCAGCUCAGAUGGUGAAAGAAAAGGAGCUUGGUGGAGUGGCCAGCGAUAAGAAACAUGCCAACGGGGUUGUAUCUAGGAAAGCGGUGGCAAAUGGGACGAAGAGUAUAUAG